AUGACCGGUACUCCAGGAAACGAUAUGCCAUAUGUCCGUCUCGGGAAAUCGGGGCUGAAGGUAUCGAAGAUUAUACUGGGCUGCGGCUUCUAUGGUUCGUCCGAGUGGCAAGAAUGGGUGCUGGGAGAGGAGGCCGGGCUCGAGCAUAUCAAGUACGCCUACGACCACGGCAUCAACGCAUUCGACACUGCGAAUGUAUACUCUGACGGACGGAGCGAGGAGAUACUGGGCAAAGCGAUCAAGCAAUUCAACUUCAAUCGAGACGCGAUUGUCGUUAUGACCAAGCUAUUCGGUGAGGUGCGCAGGAAUGGCGGACUUCUCAAACGCCGGACCACCGAGGAGGUUGAUCAAGAAGGCUAUGUGAACCAACAUGGCCUCUCACGGAAGCACAUAUUCGAGGCGGUCGAGCAUUCGUUGAGGCGCCUUCAGCUCGACUACAUCGAUGUGCUUCAGUGCCACCGUUUCGAUCCCGAUACGCCUAUCGAGGAAACCAUGCAAGCGUUACACGACGUCGUCAAGAGCGGCAAGGUGCGAUACCUCGGAAUGAGCAGCUGCCACGCUUGGCAAUUCCACGUCAUGCAGAACUAUGCCAUCGCCAACAAACUCACACCGUUUAUCAGCAUGCAGAAUCAUUAUAACCUCGUUUAUCGCGAAGAAGAACGCGAGAUGAUCCCGACGCUCGAUCACUUCGGAGUAGCCUGCAUCCCGUGGUCCCCGCUUGCGCGAGGUGUUGUGACACAUCCUCUUUCGCACACGACGACGCGCACAAGUACGGAUGCGGGUCAGAAAACGUACGAGGGCGGUGCCACGAACGCCAUCGUGACCCGCGUUGAGGAAGUCGCGAAGAAGCUCGACUUGAGCAUGGCGCAAGUUGGGCUCGGAUGGAUCAUGGCCAAGAGCACCGCGCCGAUUGUUGGCUCUACGAGCUUGAAAAACCUCGAGGAGCUCAUCCAUUCCGUGAACGUCAAGCUCAGUGACGAGGACAUCAAUUAUCUUGAGGAGCCCUACGUUCCUCGCGGCGGGUUUGGCAGUCGCUAG